UGAGGAGGAGGAGCUGCAGCUGGCCAGGUCCCUCCCACCUUCUUCCUUCCCUUUUUUUCCUUUCCUGCCCUGAGAGUUUUGCAUCCUUGUGGGUGACCAGACUUCCACUUGGAGCUAAGAUUUAUUGCCCGCAUUAUGCUUGGAGCCUGGUAUAAACUCGGUCUUUUCCUCUUGUGUUAUCAAAUUAUCUCCUUGGAAGGCCAUCCUGAAGGCCAUUAUAUCGCCGCUGUCUAUGAGCACCGGUCAAUACUGACUCCGAACCCUAAAGUCCUCAGGGAUCGAGAGUCAGCACUGAGACUCAUGAACCGGAAUCUAGAUCUGUAUGAAGAACAAGUAAUGGCCGCAGCAAAGGAGGGGGUGCAGAUUAUCGUAUUUCCAGAAGAUGGGAUUCAUGGAUUCAACUUCACCCGAGAUUCCCUUUACCCAUUUCUGGACUUCCUUCCAUCUCUCCAGUCUGAGGAAUGGAAUCCAUGCCUGGAACCAGAUAAGUUCAAUGACACGGAGGUCCUCCAGCGGUUGAGUUGUAUGGCCAUCAUGGGCCAAAUGUACUUGGUGGCUAAUCUGGGAACCAAGCAGCCUUGUAACAGUAGUGAUGCACAUUGCCCAGCUGAUGGACGGUAUCAAUUCAAUACUAAUGUCGUGUUUAGUGAUAAUGGCACCUUUGUCACCAGCUAUCGCAAGCAAAACCUCUAUUUUGAAUAUGCUUUUGAUACUCCUCCUGAAGUUGAUUACAGCACCUUUGAUACACCUUUUGCUGACAAGUUUGGCAUUUUUAUUUGCUUCGAUAUAUUGUUCUUUGAACCAGCUGUGAGGCUCGUGAAGGACUAUGGAGUCAAACAUGUUGUGUUUACAGCUGCAUGGAUGAACCAGCUCCCGCUCCUGGCAAGUAUUGAGAUCCAACAGGCUUUUGCAGUUGCUUUCAACGUCAAUGUUCUGGCAGUAAAUAACCACCACCCGUCCUUGGGCAUGACGGGCAGUGGCAUUCAUAGCCCGCGGAGGUCCUUUUGGUACCACAACAUGGAGAGUCCUGAAGGCAAACUCAUCAUAGCCAAGAUAUCUGACCCCCCCGCAGACGCAGAGCUUCUGUGGAACGACACGAGCAGUACUUACGAGUCCUACAGAGACUUCUUCUCCAAAGAGCCUAACUGUGAGAAUGACACAGAUGCUCCCUGUAACGGAUUCCCGGGAUGGAGCCACGAGGCGGUGCCUUCCUUCCACUCUACGAUGAUGUAUGACAAUUUCACUCUGGUACCUGCUUGGGAAGAGCAAGGCAGCCUCCAAGUCUGUUCCAAUUCCCUCUGUUGUUAUGUGGAUUACCAGAGGCACGUCUUAUCGGACGAUUUUUAUGCUCUUGGGGUCUUUGAUGAUCUUCACACAGUACAUGGCACUUACUAUGUUCAAGCAUGUGCUCUGGUGAAAUGUGGUGGCCCCCAAUUUGAGACCUGUGGACACGAAAUAACAAAUGCUACUGAUACUUUUGACUUUCACCUCUGGGGAAAUUUCAGUACCUCCUAUGUGUUUCCUAUAUUACUGACUUCUGGAAUGACACUGGAAAUCCCAGGCCAACUGGGCUGGGAAGGCAGCCAUUACUUCAUGAGGAAAAAUCAGUUGUCUGAAGGGUUACUUACAGCUGCUUUGUAUGGACGCUGGUAUGAGAGGGAUUAGUAUAACCAACUAGUCCAUGGGAUGAGUAACUUGGGAUAAGUCAUAUUCAAAAGCAAAAAUCAUCUUCAUUGUUUAGGGUUCUGGGUGCACAGAUGGACACCAGCUGAGUCGAAGGAUGCUGUUAAUAAUGUAAAAGAAAGGGAUGCUUGCUUCCAAAGGCAGACAUUUUGGCACUAUGGAAAGAAGUAACAUCAUGGGUAGAUCUCCUUUGUUCCAUUUCUUUUAAACAUGAAUUCCAGAGACAGUUUCAAGUAAUCUGUGAUCAAUUUUUAACGUCCUUUAGAAACUACUAGCCAUUUAAAGCCAUAAGACCUGUAGUACAAAUGGAAUUUGUUUAAAUGGGCACUGUCUCCAGAAAAGCUAGAAUUCUCAGUUUAUUCCCUUUCCUAAUGACUUAGAAAUUAAAAACAGGGACCUUAGACAAUUGCAUGGAAAAAAAAAUUUCAGAAAAACAGUGCCAGAUGGUAGGUGGAAGAUGAUAGAAGCAUUCAAAAACAAUAAAUUGGCAUUUAAAAAAAAUCUGAUGGACUCUAGUAUUUGCCUCAUUAUCUUGUCAGCCAGGAAAUAAAUGGGAAAGGGAUCAUGACAAAGUGAUGGGAAAUCAAUUAACAGAAACUUUGAGUUGAACUGAAUUUUGACCGUGGUUUUGGGAAACAAAGUAGUAAAACUCAUUUUAGGCUAUAACAUAUACAUAGGUGUCUCCACCUGUAUUUUGUGUUACUUUGUGACAAGCUAUAGUAUAUUUAGAAAACCUGGCACUUUUGAAUAUGGUGAAAGUUAACCAAAAUACUUUUGCAUUACCUACUUUGAUCAUAUAUAAUGGAGAAGGUGAGAUUUUGAAUUCAUUGAAUCCAUUUAUUUUCAGUUAGUUAGAAAGUUAACACUUGUUUACUUCCAAGUUUAGAAAACUAACUUUUCUAAACUUGUAUGUAUUUUCCCAUCAUUUAAUGUCAUUUCUAAGCUCUAAGAAUAAAACAUGCCAUGCUGGCUUCCUUUUUAAUUGUGUUAAGAAUUUAUUAGGUUCAUUUCUAUUCGUAUGAAAUAAUGGUCUAAAUCACUACUGAUUAGGGAAAUACAAAUUAAGACAACUUUGAGAUAGCACAUUACACCUUUCAGAUUCGGUAAGAUGACAGAAAAAGGUAAUGGUAAAUAUUGGAAGGGAUGUGGGAAAAUUGGGAUACUAAUGCAUUGUUGAAGUUGUGAACUGAUCCAGUCAUUGUGCAAAGUAAUUUGGAACUAUCCUUAGAGGGCCAUAAAUUGGUGCAUACUCUUUGACCCAACACUCUUCUCCUGGUUCUGAAUUCCAAAGAGAUCAUAAAAGAGGGAAAAGGACCCACUAGUACAGAAAUUUUUGUAGAAACACUUUUUGUAGAGUCAGGAGACUGGAAAUUGAGUAGAUGCCCCUCUGUGGCUGAAUAAGUUAUGGUAUAUAAAUGUGAUGCAAUAUUAUAGUUGCAUAGGAAAUGAUAAGCAGGCUGAUUUCAGAAAAGCCUGGAAAGACUUAUGAACUGAUAGGCUGAAUAACGUGAAUAGAACCAAAAAGACAUUGUACACAGUAAUAAGAUUUUGUGAUGAUCAACUGUCAUGGACCUGGCUCUUCUCAACAAUGGAUGAUUUAAAGCAAUUCCAAUUGACUUGGGAUGGAAAAUGCUGUCCACAUCUAGAGAUGCAACUAUGGAGACUGAAUGUAGAUAGAAUAGUAUUUUUACUUUUGCUUGCUUGUUUUUCUUUCUUGUGGCUUUUCCCUUUUUGUCUAAUUUUUCUUUCACAACAUGAAAAAUAUGCAAAUAAAUUUAAAAGAAUUCCAUAUA